AGGUGGAAGAUUACUCUUCCCUCUCAAACACCAGCCGUUAUGGAGACCAUCUUAUCUCAGAUUAAGACCACCCUUCCGUCAUUAUCCGAGGAGCUUCUUCAAUUGUUAGUGCAACGGCUGGACGUCAUUGGAGUUGCUAGCGUUGAGGACCUCAGCCUGGUAACAGCCGAUGAUUUGGACGGAAUUCUGCGGCCGAUGCAAUGUAGAAGACUGAUCCAGGCUUUUAAAACAGGUAAUCAUCAGGUGAUCAUCUUGCUUUAUUAUGUAAUGAAUGUCUGAUUAGAACUUUAUAUACUGUAACAUGAAUAGAAUAAAAACUUUUGUUAUCUAUGUUUAUAGCAUGCUUUGUGUGCAAGAUUUUUUUUUAAAAUUGUAAGAAAUAAGGCAAAAGCCAGAAGGUGCUUUAUUUUCUUUUUUUGUAAUCAGCAGUUUAUUAAAUCCAUCUACAAAUACUUUGUCUGGAAAAGGAUUGAAAGUUGUAUUCUAUUAUAACCCUUUUUCCCUUUUCACAGGACCAUUUAACAAUGUACAGAUACCUGUGGAACCAUCAGCCAUUGCACGAUCAUCAGGAGAAAUCACAGGGCAUUUUCAGAUUCCCUGGGACAAAUUUCCCCCAGAACUUAUAAAAGCCAUGAAGGAGCAAACGCGCCCACGUCCGUCAUUAAGACGAGAAAUGGUCCGUAUCAUUAUUAAUGAUUUGCUUGCCGUAGAGCAGAAGAGGCCGGGACGGGGCGUUCUUCGGCAGAUCGCUCAAGAACUCGUUCAAAAAUAUCCCAAGUCUUUCUGUGAUGUAUGUGGAGAUAACAUUGUUGGCACAGGAUUCGACUCCUUAAUGCUUCAGAUGGAGAACAGAGUGGAUAACUGUAGCAGGCAUGUGACAGUAAGAUCAAAGAGACCAGCAGAAGGUGAUGCUAGUGCCAAGAAACCCAAACGGUAUGAUCGAUAUGGUUGUGUGUAGUGGCAACCAGAUCUUCCAGCCACUGAAGAUGCGCCAAGUCAGACUGACAAGAAGAUAGAGCUACAAAAUUCGUAUGCAAAGAAGAAGCUUCCAGAGACCUGUGUCAAAAAGCUAAUGGCUGAAACUUAUUACAGCCAACGCCUCUCAAUUAACAUUGACAGUAAAACAGUUAGCGAGUUGAAAAGCGAAUGGCCCUACUUGUUUGAAGCGACUCAUUUCUUUGAUCACACUGAAAGACUGCUUGGCAUCCCUGUUCAAAAAAAGCUGGCGGAGGAACUGUCAAAAAAGGGAAGAACAAUAGUGAACUUUUUAAUGCAAACAAAAGCGACUCAGUUUGCAGUAAUUGAGGAAAUACUCAAAGACCCACUGGAACUGCUCUCCAGCAUUGGCAGGUACCUUGGUGAUAAUACUGAGGUGCUGCUGAUCCAGAAAGGGGGUCUCAACCCUGCCACACUGAGCUUGCCAAGCACUCCAUGUGUCAUCAUCCUUGGUAAUAAACGCUUUCAGAUGGCAGUGGACCAGACAGUUGUCAGUGAUCAUCUGUGCUGCCCAUUGACAGCAUUGAGCUAUCUGUUUAGUCUCUUCUACGUUCUCAAUAUUCGAUACCCAAAGGACGCAGCAUUGUCACUGGAGUUUAUUCAGAGAAGUCUCCUGGGGAUCAAUCCUGGACGAGGGACCAAAGUGGAAAGGAAAGGAAAAAAGCAGCACAAGAUACACCCUAAGCUGUUAAAGUUCCUCUCUGAACUGAGUGACUAUCAAAACCCAUGGACAAUCUAACAGUCACUCUUGGUCAAUAAGGAAGAUUGUCUACAAAGGUCUGCAAGAACUUCACAGUGACCUCCCCAACAUUCUACUGUAACAUGUUUAUGAACACGAUCCUUUAUGGCUUAAGCAUCAUUAAUAAGGGGGCAAUAGGUGGACUUUGGCCUCUAAAAAGAUUGUGCAGUAAGCAUGCUGUGCUAUUAGACAACCGUUUUGUGUUCCACCAAGAGUGCUCCUCUUCAGUCUGCCGAAUUGCUGGAGGGCUAUCUAAUGAAACCUUAAGCCUUAUGCCCAUGUGCGCAAGGAGCAGUAGAUAAAAUCAUUGGAGAGGGUUCAGUGGCUCACCAGACAGAUGCCAGCGAAAGGGUAGAGGCCAUGUCUCAUGUUGUUUUGCUGCACCAAAGAUGGGCAUGUUACCAUUUUUUUUUCUUUUCUCUUCACAUUCCCAGAUUUUUAAAUGGUACUUAAGCAGUAAUACUUGAUUUAGUCAUUUCUGUUUUAGGCAUAUGUGAGUUAACAUUCUACCAGUUAAACUUGAGUUGCCAACUUGCACUGUACAAAAUGGCCAUUAAAUAAAUGUUAUUCAUUUUUCAGCAUUGAGGGAAUAAAGCACAUAUUUAACAAAACCUUAUACUGAAGCCUCAAC